UUCAAACUCCUACUUUUAACAUAAUUUUAUUUUCAAUUUCCUUUUUGGAUAGUUUUAUGCCUUAUAUUAUUUGAUGUCAACUAUUUCUGAAGGUUUGAAAAGAAAAAGUUUUUUUUUUAAAGUGAAUUCUCAUGAAGAAAUUUUAAAGGCAAGUCUACAAAUAUUUUCUAACCUCAAAAUGUUUUAUGGAGAUGGGAAGUAGGUAUUGAUGUUUUUCAAUGUUUCUGCCUUGUGUUUUAAAGUACUUUUCUUAAUUUUAAUGUAAUUGUACAUUAUAGAUAUUGAGUGGAUUUUGAAAUCAAUUUGAAGCUCAUUUUUUGCAAGCCGGACACAUUCCAGUAAUGUCUCCCGGCUACAUAGGCCAAAGUCCUUUUCAGGGCAAUCCAGAUAGUAACUUACUUAGAAUAGCACAACUUAAUAUUGAGGGCAUGACAAGAGCUAAAGGAGAAAUUUGUGGAAAAAUGAGUAAAGAUCUCAAAAUUGACAUCAUACUGAUUCAAGAAACACAUGUAGCAGCGAAUAUGGAUAACAAGCUGAAGAUUCCAGGCUAUACACUUGUUAACAGUUUAAAUCAUGAUAAGCAUGGAAUUGCCACAUUUGUUACAUCGAAUAGUAUACGGAGGGCUGAGUAUAUUCAAUGUGUACAAACCCCCUGGGGAAGAAUGGGAGAACCCUGCCCUCCCUCAUGCUGCACAUCCGUGCAUUUAUGCUGGCGAUUUCAACUCUCAUAGCCCUCUGUGGGGCUACAGAACUGAAAACAGGGAUGGUGAGAGUCUGAUUCGAUGGGCUGAAGUAAAUGAUUGUCACUUGGAAUAUGAUGCUAAACAAGGCAGCACUUUUCAUUCUGCCAGAUGGGGAACUUCUACCACUCCAGAUCUGUGCUUUGUGUCAUGUAAUAGGGAAGGUAGACCUUUGCAUGUGACAAGAUCAGUUGAAUCAAGAUUCCCUAGAAGUCAACAUAGCAUGGUGGUUUUAGAGAUUGGCAUGAGGUUGCCAUGUGUUCAAAAUCCUGAACUUCCAAGGUGGAAUCUCCGUAAGGCAGUUUGGGCAAAGUUUACUGAAGAAGUUGAAAAAACAGUUUCCAGAAUCCCUAUCAACAUACCAAACUAUGGAAGGUUUAGCAGACUGCUUUUCAUGGCUGCAAAGAGAUCUAUCCAAGAGGCCAUAGAAAGAAUUAUGUCCCAUGUUGGAAUGCAGAAUGUGAUGGUUUACUGGCUGAAUAUAAAGUUUCACCAACUGAUGAGCUUGCCAAUAGCCUGA